GGCGGAGGAGGCGGCGGCCGUCCAUGCGGCGGGCUCGAGGCCGCCCGGCUCCGGGAAGCACGCGGGGGCCAGGCGGGGGCAGCCUCCGCUCCGGGACGCCGGCCGCCAGGAGUUGGACACCACUCCCAUCUGCAGGAAAUUGGUAACAUCUCAGAGGAGCCCUUGCUUCUUCCGGGACAUCCAGCAUCAUGGUUUCUCAUUUCAUGGGGUCUCUCAGUGUCCUGGGUUCCCUCCUGCUACUUGGAUUGCAGCUCGUCUGCCCACAGCCCUCCACUGAGCACAGAAAGGUCCCGCAGCGGACGGCGGCCCAGGGCGGCCCCGAGGACGGCGGCGGCGGCGGCGGCGGCGUGUGGGGCGCCUGGGGGCCGUGGUCCGCCUGCUCCCGCAGCUGCAGCGGCGGCGUGAUGGAGCAGACGCGGCCCUGCCUGCCCGGCUCGGCCCGCGCGCGGGGGGCCCUGCGACCCGGGGCGCCGCCGCGCGCCUUCGCGGGCCACGUGGUGUCGGCCGUGCGCACCUCCGUGCCGCUGCUCCGCGGCCGCGACCCCGACCCCGACCCCGACCCCGACCCCGACCCCGGGGAGCCGCGCGCCCGCCCCCGCCCCCGCCCCCGCCCCGACCGCCUCCGCCACGGCCCCGCGCAGCGCGGCAGCCGCCACCCGCAGGCCCCCCGCGACCCCGCGGCGGACAGGAGGAGCAGGACCCGCGGUCCCAUCGGCCCUGGCAAGUACGGCUACGGAAAGGCCCCGUAUAUCUUGCCGCUGCAGACCGACUCGGCGCACUCAUCACAGAGGCUUCGCAGGCAGAGGGCCUCGGCCCGGCCCCUCGGGCCCCCGGAGGCGUCUGGUCCUGGCCACGGCUACGGCGCGCGGGCGCACCAGGCUCCCCGGCAGGGGCCUCGGUACCAGAGCGACAGUGGCCCUCGUUCCGGGCUGCAGGCCUCCGAGGCGUCCGUCUACCAGCUGCCUUUGACUCAUGACCGAGGCUUUCCCGCAGCUUCCGGGCUCUUCCACGGCCUGGAAACCAGCAGCAGCCCCGGCAUGGGGGCAGCCCGGAGCUUCUCGCAGCCUGCCCGGUCUGCUGCCAUCUCCUGCAUCGGGGCCUAUCGGCAGUACAAGCUGUGCAACACCAACGUGUGUCCAGAAAGCAGUAGAAGUAUCCGGGAGGUCCAGUGCGCAUCCUAUAACAACAAGCCAUUCAUGGGCCGCUUUUAUGAGUGGGAACCGUUUGCAGAAGUGAAGGGCAAUCGGAAGUGUGAGCUGAACUGCCAAGCAAUGGGCUACCGCUUCUACGUUCGGCAAGCUGAGAAGGUCAUUGACGGCACCCCCUGUGACCAGAAUGGCACGGCCAUCUGUGUGUCUGGGCAGUGCAAGAGCAUUGGCUGUGACGACUACCUAGGCUCGGACAAAGUGGUGGACAAAUGCGGGGUGUGCGGAGGCGACAACACAGGCUGUCAGGUUGUGUCUGGUGUGUUCAAGCAUGCCCUCACCAGCCUGGGCUAUCACCGAGUGGUCGAGAUUCCCCAAGGAGCCACCAAAAUCAACAUCACCGAGAUGUACAAGAGCAAUAACUAUUUGGCUCUGCGAAGUCGCUCUGGCCGCUCCAUCAUCAAUGGGAACUGGGCAAUUGACCGGCCAGGAAAAUAUGAAGGUGGAGGGACCAUGUUCACCUACAAGCGUCCGAAUGAGAUUUCGAGCACCGCGGGAGAAUCCUUUUUGGCUGAAGGCCCCACUAAUGAGAUCUUGGAUGUCUAUAUGAUACACCAGCAGCCUAACCCGGGAGUCCACUAUGAGUACGUCAUCAUGGGGACCAACAUCAUCAGCCCACAGGUGCCUCCUCACAGGAGACCAGGGGAGCCCUUCAACGGCCAACUGGUAACAGAUGGGAGGAGCCAGGAGGAGAGAGAAGACAAAGAGGAGACCGAGGAGAAGGAAGAUGUGCGUGGUGGGGCACCUGAAGUGUUCACCUCAGAAUCCGCGCAGACCUUCCCAGUCAGGCAUCCAGAUGGGUUUUCUUCCCAUCGACCGGACAAUUUGGUGCCGGCGGUGCCACAGCCCCCACGGCGAGGCCGAGACCACAACUGGAAGCAGCUGGGGACAACGGAAUGCUCGACAAGCUGUGGGAAAGGAUCGCAGUUCCCUAUUUUCCGCUGUGUGCACAGAAACACCCACGAGGAGGUUCCUGAGAGCUACUGUGACUCCAGCAUGAAGCCCACCCCCGAGGAGGAGCCCUGUAACAUCUUCCCCUGCCCGGCCUUCUGGGACAUCGGAGAGUGGUCUGAGUGCAGCAAAACCUGCGGCCUGGGCAUGCAGCAUCGCCAAGUUCUGUGCCGCCAGGUGUACGCCAACCGCAGCCUGACCGUGCAGCCCUACCGCUGCCAGCACCUGGAGAAGCCUGAGACCACCAGCACCUGCCAGCUCAAGAUCUGCAGUGAGUGGCAGAUCCGGACGGACUGGACCUCGUGCUCAGUGCCCUGUGGAGUGGGACAGAGGACCCGAGACGUGAAGUGUGUGAGCAACAUUGGGGACGUGGUUGAUGAUGAGGAAUGCAACAUGAAGCUCCGGCCGAAUGACAUUGAGAACUGCGACAUGGGACCCUGUGCCAAGAGCUGGUUCCUCACCGAGUGGAGUGAAAGGUGCUCAGCGGAGUGUGGUGCUGGGGUGCGGACACGCUCAGUGGUGUGCAUGACCAACCACAUCAGCAGCCUGCCCCUGGAGGGCUGUGGGAACAACCGGCCAGCGGAGGCCACACCAUGUGACAACGGGCCCUGCACGGGCAAGGUGGAGUGGUUUGCAGGGAGCUGGAGCCAGUGUUCCGUCGAGUGUGGGAGUGGGACCCAACAGAGGGAGGUGAUUUGUGUUAGGAAGAACACAGACACCUUUGAAGUGCUGGAUCCCUAUGAAUGUUCCUUCCUGGAGAAGCCCCCCAGCCAGCAAUCAUGCCACCUCAAGCCUUGCGGGGCCAAAUGGUUUAACACAGAAUGGAGCAUGUGUUCCAAGAGCUGCCAGGGUGGCUUCCGGGUCCGAGAAGUGCGCUGCCUGUCAGAUGACAUGACCCUAAGUAAUCUCUGUGACCCUCAGUUGAAGCCAGAAGAGAAAGAAUCAUGCAACCCUCAGGACUGUGUCCCUGAAGUUGAUGAGAACUGUAAGGACAGGUACUACAACUGCAACGUGGUGGUGCAGGCGCGCCUCUGCGUCUACAACUACUACAAGACGGCCUGCUGCGCGUCGUGCACUCGGGUGGCCGCCAGGCACGCAGGCUUCCUGGGGAGCAGAUAACCCCGCGCUGCAGCAGGAGGCCGCCGGGCUGCCCCCCAGGCUGCCACCACCCCCACCUGCGGCCGAGUGUCCACGUCGCGGCCCGGAGCCAAGCCACGGUUGUCCUGUAGCAUCACCACAAACUGAUGAUCCCUCCCGGGGAGCCCUGGCACCUGGGAAGGUGCUGUCGGAAAGCCGAGGGUGGCUAGGGGUGCGGGUAGCCCUCAAUCACCUCCCAUGCCAGCACUUUCUAAGCUAGCAGGUGGGCCCUCACGGGGCGCUGCCUGGCGGCCGGGGUGCUACUGGCCUUUCCGCGUCGGGGCCCCCUGGAGAGUGGGGAGAGGCAGCUCCCGCCCUGGAGCCCCGCUCAGCCCUGCCGAGACACCUGCCUCCCAGCGUCCCCUCCGCCCAGCGGUGCCUACUUUCAUUCUCAAAGACAUGAGGCUUUUUCCUGCCUUAGGACCCAAAUAUCUCCUGUCAAGUAGUGCUUUAUGAGGUCACAGGUGUAUUCACAGCUACCAGAUCAUGAACGGCUCACGAAGCCCCCAGAACGGGAGCCAGGGACUGAACCAUUAUCCCCAUUUUACUGACAAGGAAACUGAGGCUCAGUUUAAGUGAUUGACCUGCCAGGUAUAUUCCCCUGUUGGGUGGCAGGGUUGAGUCCGACCACAAAAGUCACCCCGAGGCCUGCCCAGAAGCCCAGAAGUCUGUAGGAAUCGGCUUCAUUUCAAACCAGGUGACCGAGAAAUUUCCCACUCGGUGAACAAAGCCCAGCUUUAGAAUUCUUUCCUCUGGCCAAAGGUCAAGACACUAUCCUAGGCCCUCAGUUGUUUCUGACGCCUGUUUCUUUCUUCCUUCCCCGACGAGGUCACAGAUCCUAGUUAUAGGGCUCUGUGCAGGUUUGGUUCAACCCCAUCCUGAAUGGAAUGGUCCUUGAGACAAGAAGGCCAUUGGGGUAGCAAGGUCAUGCCUGAAGUCCUGAUUCUGCUCCCCAGGGAGCUGACCGCCAAGGACCCUGCGGCCACGGAGCCUCUGGUGUCUCUGUACCCUGGGCUCCCCUGCUUCCCCAGCCACCUCCCCAGGCUGUUCACCACUCACCCAGUGGAAAGUCUAACCAAGCUGUCUCCGCAUAAAACCUGUGUUUAUAUUAGAAAGAGUCUUCCUUUGGUUUUUCCACUUUGAUUUAUGGAUUUCUGUUUGUGAUUUCUCAUCCCUCCCUCCCACUGCGAGUCACAACCUAUAUCCCAGCAUCCCAGACUUGAGCACUAAGAUCUGCAUUCAUGCCACUCGCCAGGGAGAGGGGCCAUGGGCUCCCCCAGUGACAGCCACCACAGAAAGGGUCUUCCCCAAUGCCCUUCACCUAACUCUGCAGCUCCAGAGGCCUCGGGCUGCAAGGGAGAUGCAGUGCGUAUCGAAAGGUAAACGAUCUGAAAAGUCAAUUAAAAGGAAAGGAUAUAUAUGUGCGUGUGUAUGUGUGUACAUGUGUGUGUGUAUAUAUAUACAUACAGUUGACCCUUGAACAAUGUAGGGGUUCAGGGUGCCAACCACCCCCUGCACACUUGAAAACCCAUACAUAAAAUUUGACUCCCCAAAAGCAUAGCUACUAAUAACCUGCUAUUGACUGGAAGCCUUACCAAUGACAUCAUCGAUCACCACCUAUUGUUAUAUGUCAUAUGUAUUAUAUACUGUAUUCUUACAAUACAGUCAGCUAGGGGAAAGAAGAUGUCAUUAAGAAAAUCACAAGGAAAAGGAAUCACACCUACAGGACUAUAUGGUAUUUAUCGGGGGAAAAAAAUCUGUGAAUAAGUGGACCUACUGCAGUUCAAACCCAUGUUGUUCAAGGGUUACAUAUAUAUAUUCUCCUACCAAUUAAGACAAAUACCAGGCUAAACAAAUUGUAAGCUUAUAGGAAAUCUGUCUUAUUCAGUGCCGUGGUGCUGGGUCUAUUUCUCUUUGAAAGCAAGUCUGGGUUCUUAGGAAUCGAAUUUCUCCCUUGAGCUCUUUAACCCCAAAAUCUGCUAAUUGGAUGAUCCCCUGAAGCUUUUGGAUGUAGUAGCACUAGCCCAAUCUGACACGCUGUGUUCGGUUCCCACUGCCCUUGGGCUUUCAGAAAUUCUAUCUGGCCUUUCCGUGGGGGUUCUUUUCUUGGAGAGCCCAGCCGCCACUUUGCAAAAAAAAGGACACCCAUCUCUCUCCCCAUCCGCGUGCAGUGUAACUUGCACAAUAUGCAGCCGGGCAGAGACCCUAAUUCCCAUGCCCACCAAGCAAAAAGAGACCAGAGAAGCCAAACAUAUGGAUGGUUUCCCAUGCCCUCUCUCCCUCUCACCGCCUACUUUUGCUUUUUAUCACAAGAGAAGCAUGAUCUUUAUGCAGCUGCUCUCAGAUCUUGCCCAAGAAGCCAUUAAAUUGGGAGAUUCCUUGGAGGAGGCUUUUCCAUGCUGGAGCAACAUCAGUGGGUGGAAGGGCAGAAAGGCUGAUUUCAGCUCAAAUUGAGGGAAAGCCUUCUAGCCAUCCAGCCUGCCUAACAGCAGUCCGGGCCACCCUACAUGGGCGAGGCUCCAUCCUAAAGGGAAUUUCUUCAUCAAGCAGGAGGUGAACAUCCUGGGUCCUUCCAAUUCGGAAUUCUCAUUACUGGGCUGGCUCAAUGCUGGCUUUGACCUCUCUUGGGUGUCCUGUGGCCCCCAAAUGCUACCUGACAGCUGUUUAAAAGGACAGUGAUCUUCCCAUGAGAAUGGCCAUCCUGCCAAUGGCAGAACUGAGUGGCAGCAAAUGGGUUAGUGCCAUGUCUUUAGGGGAACAAAAGUACCCAAACUAAGUGUCUUUUUUCUCUUCCAACAAAUAGUUGGGCUCUUCUUGGAAUCCAUUCAUCUCUGGAAAAACUAUGAAUUACUAGAACGGGCAUUUUAACAACUUCUUGGUCUUUAAAAUCCAGUGUUUGUUAAGUUCCUGGUUCCUAUGGCAACGUAUCAAUGCCCCCAUAGGGCACACAACACAACACGCCUGAUAGGGCCCUCAGGGUGUCGGGUGACACGGUGCCUGGAGGUGGUCAGAGGACAGCUGAUCUGAAGACCCUCCCUGCAGAUAGGCCUCUUUCUCCCUUCCUUGGCGCCCCCUUAUCUCAGUCUUGCUUUUCCACGAUCUGUCACCCUCUCCUCAGCACCUCUCCAUGACCUUUUAAGCGGCCACUUGCAGAAUUGAAAGUUACAUUUUAAUGCUGUUUUGCUUUUUCCUGUGUCCUGAAUGGCCUCAUUCCCUGCUCCGGAUUUUAAAAUUAGAUGAACUGAAGGUGUUACAUGUUUUCACAAAAGUCAACCAAAACAGCUUGCUGUUUUACUUUCGCUUCCUAUUGGAGAAGGACAGAGUGUCCCUUGCAGCCCAGGCAAAGGCCACUCAGUGCACUCCAGCCUGCCACCCUCACAUGGACUCUCAUUUUUCCCCUAGAGGAAAGAAAUAGCAGAAGAGACAGGCUAAAGAAAGCUUGCAAACCCAGCCACUGGAUGGAGUCAGGAGUCCUCUGAGUUCAUUAACAGUGAGUCGGCUACACUCUGGCAGAGAGAGAAAUCCAGAUAUUACUAGUACCUUCCUAAGCCAGUGGCUUUCUCCUUUUUUUUUUUUUUAAUACAGCCAUUUUAGAAUUUGAAUAUUGGCCCUCUAAUGUAAAAGGCAUAUAAGUGGUAAAAAGAAAUAUGGCUUUCCUUAAAUCAAACCUGGAAGGACCUAUAUCAGCCUGGCAGGUGGAGGCCAACACCUGACGCUUGUCCGUUUAAAACAUCUUUAAUGUGGCUCUGAUGGGAAGUUGGACACCUUACUGAUGAAAUUGGUGGAUGACAUGAAAUUGGUGACAGUGACAGGCCCAAAGAGAUCUAGGAGACUAGAACAAAACCUGGAUCUUAGGAAUUCACCAGGAAGCAACAUAAGUGUACCUUUGGAGUUAAAAUGAAAACAAAAACAAAAUUGUAUCAAUACAAGGUGGAGACGUAAGAGUUUCAGCUAAGUUCAAUGUGAGUCAAGAAAGUGGAAUGGGAGCACUCCCUCCAAACCACACACACACACACACUGAGACACUUAGGCUCCACUGGGAGAAGACAUUCGUCAUGCCACAUUGUGGUUGUGAUGCUGGAACCACGCUUGAGGAAUAUUGUUAGCGUGUAGUGUUCAGAUGAGCACGCCCAAUCCUGAUGAGGGGCGCAGACAGAAACAGGGGAGAGGACUUCAUGAAAACAUUUAUCCUGGAGAAGAAGAGGUGUGGGACAGCACUAUGAGAGCAACCCUAAGGCCAUUAGGUAAAGGCUGUAGGGAGACAGAUGUUAGCCCCUGAAGAAGGACCAACUUCCCACAGGUGAGAGCCCUCCCCCAACCCUGAAGGUAGAGGGUUCUCCCAUCGCUGGAGGUCUCAGCAGAGGCCGAAGGGCCACUUGUCAGGGAUGCUGGAGAGGGGAAUUCAAGCACCCAGCUGGGGCAAUAUGACUUUUAAGGCCCCUUCUAAGUCUAGGCUUUGGUAACUCUGUCAGUAGAGCAGCUUAGGGUGAGCCACCUGGUCUGGGGUACUUCCCAUUUCUGCGUUGGCCAUUUUGAUCCCAGUGUCGCACCUCUCACCUGAGCUGAGUGUGGGCCUCAUAUCCCAGAACCACUAGAACUUGGUCAGAGCUGCCCUGUCGGGUCCUGCUUUGUAGAUGAGUCACCCAACAUCCCGACGGCUAGUUCCCCGCCCAGGGUCACACACUUUAAUGGGGCAGGACCUUGACGAGACUAAGGCCCUCUAAAUACCUUCUCUCUUUCUCAGCUCACCUUGCUUUGCUUCACCUUUACUGGAGCCAAGUAAUUCUCUCCACCCCAAACCAUCCCAUACUCCUGGUUCUAUUCCAUGGGUAACAGAGAGUUCCAUCGAUGUGCUGAGAAAGGUGACCACGAGGGAGGGGGGACUUCCAGCCAGGUUUCCCAGCAUCUUCUAGAGGUUGAACCCUUUGCCUCAGUGAGAGGAAAGCCAUUCUAUUACAUAAACCAACUUCCGGUUCCUUGACCCCCCCAGUUCAGUUUGUCAGAAGGAUAUACUUUGUUAUAACUUAUUAUUUUGUUCUUUGUAAAUACAAGAUGUUUAUAGGAAAUGUGUAUUCUGAACUCUAUGGGCAGAAUGAGUCACUACACCAAAAUAGUUCUAUUAUUUAGAAUAUGCUAAUUUUAAAGGGACCUAAUAGGUAUUUAUUUACAUAUACAAUCCACGUUUGUGUAAAAUCGUUUGAUCCUACUAACCCAGCUUCCUGCAAAGUGGCUACAUGAUGUCUUAUUCUAAGUUCAUAGUUACCAUUCAGUAUCCUGACUAGCCAAAUUCUUUGGGUUUUAACAUUGAAUAUAAAUUACUCUGCUUUUUGACUCGUUCAGGGGCUUUUAUCCCUGGCAUCGUACCCGAAACAGGUCUGUUUGCAUUGCCACCUUUCCAUCUUAAAUGUUAUGUUUGCUCGUAUAAUCUGCCCUCGCCUCAUCCCCACCCGGAGAAGGGAAUUUGAGGGUCUUUAAUCCCUUCUCUUUGUCUUGCUUCCUUCUUAGCAUCACCAGCACUAAGUUGCUUGGGAGGCCUGGUCAGAGCAGCGUGUAAGGCCGGGUCCGCUGUCAGGGGCUGGGAGGGCUUUACAGGGGUGUUCCCAGCUCUGACCACACCUCCAGGGUGUCCUCUGGGACUGCUAGGGUGGGGGUUCUGUGUCCUCCUACCACCUGCAUAGCCAAGGAGCAAGGAACCUACUAAAUACUCCACUGUCUCCAUGUCACCCUUAUAAAGUAUUGUUUAAGAAGGUGGGGUGGGGUAGAAGGUGAAUUAUAUGAAUAAAUGCAGUGUGUUUUCUCUCCGGCAAAAAUGACAACUAUUUUUGUGUAUGACUAAUUUAUUUUUAUUAUUGUAAAAAUACAAUAAACUGGUUAAAAAGAUCAGCUUCA